CAAUAUUCUCUUCUCUAGGAGUCGAGCACAAAACUCUACAAUGGAAGGGGCUUUCACCCACCUCGGUAACCAUCUCAUCUCCGAUUCUGCGGCUGCGAUCAACGCUGGUGCGGAUGAUCUUUCGAACAUUGACCCAGACGAGAGCUUGCUGUACGGACAAUAUGGUGGGCGCGGAGGAUUAGGUCCUACCAGGCGUCGAAACGACGACGAUGAUAACGAGACGGAGGUCUUUGACGAGGAUGAUGCUGAGAGCAUGGCCAGCAUGCCAUUAGAUGGCAUGAAGACUCUGGGACUUCGAGGCGUCGAGGAUGAGAAGGAGCUCCCAGCUCACGCAUGCGCGUAAGUGGCGAUACUUUGCCUUUUGUUGUUG